UUAACAAAAAAAAAAAAUUCAUUUGUUUUUGGUUUUUCCAAAUUUCCCCUAAUACAUUAAAAAUUACAAACAAGUAAGCCUAAACCCUCUGCCUCAGUGAGAGUCUUUACUAGAGGCUCUCCAAUCUCCGUCUUAAGCCGCCGCAAACUAGCUCGGAAACCAGACGACAAGAGCCCGCAACUGACGCAACCGCAUCUUUCUCCCUCGUUCGUCGUCCAAGUUAAAUCUCAUCGCUGACUCUCAGUUGGUCACUGGAGGCCCCCAAAGAGCUUCUGAACUACUGAUUUUGAACGUGGAGCGAGUUCCUUGUUGUGAUUACUCUGAUUCUGCUAUGGCUGCACCCAACGUUCGUACUAGCAGCUUCUCUCGCAACAUAUCAGUUGUCUCCUCAUCCCCUCAAAUACCUGGUCUCAAAUGCGGUCCUAAUGGCACUACUUUCAUAUCCACUGGGAUUCGUGAUCUCGACAGGAUACUAGGUGGUGGGUAUCCUUUGGGAAGUUUAGUGAUGGUGAUGGAAGAUCCUGAAGCGCCGCAUCAUAUGGAUCUCCUGAGGACUUUUAUGUCUCAGGGGCUUGUUAACAACCAUCCACUUCUUUACGCUAGUCCUUCCAAAGAUCCUAGAGGGUUUCUUGGUACUUUGCCGAAUCCUGGAUCGUCCAAAGAAGAUAAGCCUACUGCCCCAGACCUUGAUCAGGGAGAGAGCUUGAGGAUUGCUUGGCAGUAUCGGAAGUAUAUGGAAAACCAGAAGAGUUCUAUUGAUGAUUACUCCAAUGACUUUGAUAUGAGAAAGCCCUUGGAGAGGCAGUUUCUUGCCGGACGGCCGAUUGAUUGUGUCAGUCUGCUAGAUUCUUCCGAUCUUUCUGUUGCUCAGGACCAUUGCGCUACUUUUUUAUCAAAAUUUCCGAGAAACAGCAGUAACAUUGCAUCCAUUGGCCGCAUCGCAAUCCAGUCAUUCUGCUCUCCCCUUUGUGAGUAUUCUGAUAAGGAAUCAGACAUGCUUUCCUUCAUAAGAUUGCUGAAAAGUAUGCUGAUGGUUUCAAAUGCGGUAGCCAUUGUUACUUUCCCGCCUUCCAUGCUCUCCCCAUCUUCGUCAACAAGACUGCAGCACAUGGCGGAUACCUUACUCUCUAUCAAAGCGAUCCCAGAUGGUGACAAGGAAUUGGAGAAGCUUCUCACUGGCUACAAGGACAUAAAUGGAUUCCUCAACAUACACAAAGUUGCGCGUAUCAAUACACAGGUGCCUGUAAUUCUAGAGGCAAAGACCUUCUCAAUGAGCUUGAAGAAGAGAAGAUUCUUGGCUCUAGAGUGUCUGAAUCAAGCCCCUGUAGACGGAUCCAGUGGAACAUCGUAUGGCACAUCUGGGAGCUGCUCUGGAUCAUCCAAAUCCGGAGCACUCGAUUUCUGAGUUACUGAGUUAGUUUUUUUCUCAUUUUCUUCGUAGCUGCUUUUUAAAAUGACUUCACUUCAGAAACUGGCCAUUAUAGUGUUCGGUCAGAAGAAACAGUUAUCACAUUAGCUAAAAGUGUAUCUACAAUUCGUCUUUUGAGUUACAGAAACUGAAAUCUAUUUUGUUUCAUUUGUGUAUUAUCAUAUUCAUGAAACUCUGACGACCAAUAAUAGAUGCUAAGUAUA